AUGAUCGAAUCCCGUGCAGCCAAGCAACCGAAGCCGCCCAACGCACGACAGCUCUUGAAUGAGUGGAAUGUCAAGGUAUAUGCGGGAGUAGUGGCAGGUGUCAUUGCGGCUCUUGUUAUCUACCAUUGGGCGCAAUGGAUCAAACGCAGAACAUCAAAGUCAACAAGAACUGGCUCGUCAUCGCCCCUUGCCAAGGCUUCUAGGAAGAUACGAAGCCUACUGGUUCGCAAGGUGCCGGGGUUUCCAACGGGAGGCCAUGCCUUGCUGACUAUUGCUUUCGUCGGCGUCAACAUUGUCAUGUCAUUUCAUCAUGUUGACAAGGCAAAGAUGAGCAAUUUUGCUGCAAGAUUUGGAUGGAUGUCGACGGCGAACAUGGCGCUUUGUGUCUUCUUCGGUCUGAAAAAUACCCCCCUCGGUGUCUUGACCGGACACUCCUACGAAAGACUCAACUUCUUCCACCGUCUAGCCGGGUACGCAGCCGUACUUCAGAUGCUUCUUCACGCCAUCUUCUAUAUGGUAUACUACGGAAUGCAGGACCGGUGGAGCACCCUGCUCGAAGUGCAAAAUUGGGAGGGCAUUGGCGCAGGCUUUGCCAUGCUCCUCCUGCUCAUGGGCUUGGCAAGAAAUCUUGGCUACGAGUGGUUUUAUGUGAGCCACCUGGUGGGAUUCCUGCUGGCCGUUAUUUUCACUGGGCUUCACAGGCCCUACUGGAUAUGGAAGAUCCCUGCGGCAAUGGUUUUCAUCGCCGCAAUUUGGGGACUUGACCGUCUGAUUCGGGGGUCGAGAAUGCUGUACAACCUUGUCAACAACAGCGCUACCAUUUACCGGUUGCCAGACAAUGGUGUUCGUCUGGUCAUCAAGAAGCCUCUGUCGGGUGCUACUCCCGGCUCGCACUGCUUCGUUUGGAUUCCCGGUGUUCGCCCAUUCCAAACACACCCCUUUACCAUCGUGUCCAAUACCCCUCGCGGGGGGCUGGAGUUGGUCCUCAGCUCCUAUGAUGGUUUCACCAAGGCUUUGCAUGAUCUAGCUAAUACCGAGGCUGGUACAACUGUGUGGGCUUCUGUUGACGGACCCUAUGGAGCGUUCCCUAACCCGAAGAACUACGACAAGGUGGUCUUGAUUGCCGGAGGCAGCGGGGCGACGUUUACCUUCGGCCUGGCAACCAGCCUCUUACAGCACUUGGAGUUUGAAUCGCACAAACGUGUUGACUUUAUCUGGGCCGUCAGAAAGAGGGAAAAUCUAGAAUGGUUCACGGAUCACCUUCAGUCACUGAGCCAACACGGCGCAGGGGUGAACGUGUUACUGCACGUUACCCGAGAGGGCUCCACGGCCUCCUUGAGCGAGUCGUCUGAAAAUGUCUCGUCGCCCACUUCUCUGAAGUCACCGAACGAGAAGGUUGAAGCUCUUUUACCCGGGUCUGGCGCGGAGCAGAACAAGGAAGCUCUCCCUUCGGCUGCGGCAGUACCACAAGGAGAUAUAUCGUUGGGUCUUGAGGGGCUGUGCGAUAUCAAGUUUGACAAGUUGCGGGCUGGGGAGGCCAUCACUCAAACGCUGCAGUCAACUGCGCCUGGUCAACGGGUGUUGAUUGCUGCUUGCGGCCCGCAGUCACUGACCGAGAUUGUCCAGAACGCAGCUGCAAACUGUAUCGCCACUGGCGACAUAAGCAUCGAAGUACACUGCGAGAACUUCGGAUGGUAA